AUGCCAUGCUCUCUCUCCCGCCUAACCAAUGGCUUCCCAUUAACACAUGCAACAGACGCUCUUCUACAGACAGAAGCUACGAAUCUGGGGCUCUUUAUUACUCCUUGUAGCUUCACAUGGAGGCCAACCAACCAUGCUUGCGGGGAGGGUGCUCCUGCGGCCGAAACCGGACGUGCCCAGGGAGUUCCACUGACAGCAUGGCUACGAGUUCCGCUCACAUGGUUUCAAUCCCAAACAUAUGCCUACUAUCCAGAUGAGACACAUGCUACAAUUCGACGCACAUUCUCUCCGUUACAUGCGCCUCACACGCAACGCAAUUUCUGUGGAUAUUGUGGCACGCCAAUGACCUUCUGGACCGAGUCCCCACAAGAGGAGGCUGACUUUAUGUCCGUCUCCUUGGGCAGUCUGUUUGGCGAUGAUCUGAGAUUGCUAGAGGACCUAGAUCUAUUGCCGGAAGACGCGACAGAUGAAAGUUUCGGCGACCAAACAAGCUCUGAGGCAGUGACGGAAAAUGCCCCGGAAUGGAUAUCGUCCUCAUCUGCCGUGACUGCAUCUAACCCAGCAGCCACGGCUUGUUACCGACAUGGGACCCUCGCAGGCGUGCCAUGGUUCGAGGAAAUGAUUCAAGGCAGUAGACUAGGUCGAAUCAUGAGUAGUCGGCGAGGCAUCGGCGUCAGCGAAGAUCAAUCAACGGCUUUUGAAUGGGAGAUUAGUGAGUGGCAUAGUAGCAGUGACACGGGUAGGAAGCCGACAGGAGUACUCACCCCUGGUGGGAAUGGAAAGAGAAAAGCCGAUGAUAUGGUCACUGGUUAG